AUGGCAGCAUUUUCGUUGAAUUUACAGAGAAAAUUUGAGCCGGCGCUUGUUAGCUGCGGCAAAUUUGAUGGUUCUCAUGCCUGUCUCGUGUUUGCUACUUCAGCUGGGAAUAUUGUGGUCCAUAGUCCUCACAGGCAGCCACCCACUGACAUAACUGAGAGUCAUCAUGAGAAUUUGGAGAAGAGACUCGAGUGGAACGGAGAAAUCGCCGAAUUGCAAAUUGGGCGACAGGUGAUGUCUCUAUGUACAGGUCGUUUGACAGAGGAUGAGAGAGACAUUCUACUCAUUGGGACUGUUACACAUGUUCUGGCGUAUCAGGUCGAGGAUAAUACCGAUUUAUUUUACAAAGAGGUAUCUGAUGGAGCUUUUUCAAUGACAAUUGGCAAACUCAGUUGGCUCCCAAAUCAGGUAGCAAUAAUUGGUGGUAAUUGUUCGAUAACAGUAUUGGAUUCUGAAGGUAAUGAGGUGUACUGGACAGUCAUGGGUGACAUUGUUCGAUCGAUCGCUGUUCUCGAUUUCGACGGUGACGGAGAAAACGAGUUAUUGGCUGGGACUGAAGAUUGCGAGAUUAAAGCGUUGAAAGAGGACUCGGUUCUCUGGGAGACCAAAGAGACUGGACCUGUAACAGCUCUCGUACCUCUUCCUGGUAGACAAUUUGCAUAUGUCGUUGCAAAUGGAAUCGUUGGGAUCUACGAGAGAGGACAGAGGCUCUGGAGAAUUAAAUCGAAGCACAAAGUCAUUUCUGUACGAAGCUAUGACGUCAACGGUGAUGGAACCAAUGAGUUGGUAACCGGAUGGAGCAGUGGCAAAGUCGACGCGAGGUCCUGCAUAAAUGGAGAUGUUUUAUUCAAGAUUCAAAUGACUGCUGGAAUCGCUGGUCUCGUUGAGGCUGAUUACAGGAGAACUGGAAUACCUGAUUUGGUGAUAGUCUCAAUAGCUGGAGAAGUGCGGGGAUAUGCAUCAGGAUCGAUAGUGGAGACUCCAGAGCCUGGAGAACUCAUGAGAAAACUUCUGGCGAGGAGGCAAACCCUCUUAACAGAGAUGCGACAUCGUGGUGCUCCAUUUCAGAGUCAUCUGACAACGAAAUUAUUGACAAGUCUCUUUGCUGGACGUGGAGCUGCGAGACUCGCUCUAGCCUCUGGUCCAGGAUUACUUAUACAUUGUGCUAUUGUUUUCGCGGAGGGAGUCUUCGAUGGGGAAACACUUGUGGCACAUCCUAGAAGACCGGUUGGAGAGCUGGAGAUUGAACUAAGACCGUCUAAGAAUUCCGUUGUCGACUUGCACGUUAAAGUUUGCUUGGGGACUGAUAACACGGAUUUAUUUCAGGUGAUCGAAGUGAUGCACCAACUCCCAAGAUUUUGUAUGUACGAAAUAAUUCCAAAACCAGCGACUGUAUCUGAAGAAUUGAGAAGUUGUGGAGUUAUCUUCGAAAUUGUAGAGAGACCUCAACGAGUUGCUCUGUGGUUGAACCAGAGUCUGUUGCUAUCAGAGGAAUUAGAAGUGGAUGAGGAUGGCCCUGGGGCUAGAUUCAUCGAGGUCUGGUUGAGGGGCAUGAGGGAUAAUAAAAUUCACUGCCUGCGUGCAAGUGCAGACGGUAGAGCUAGCAUCCAAAGCGAGGACCCGAGUUUCGCUGGUGAUAUAAUUCAAUCACUGGCAAUGUACCUGGGAAUUCAAGAACUCACCUCAGAGGCGAGAUUUCCAUCUGAGGAACGCAAAUUAAGUACAGCUUUAGAACGAGUUAAAGGCUUGAGAGAAGUGGAAGCACGACUUCAAGCUGAUGCGGCUGGUGGAUCCACUCUCUUGAAGAACCUUGUGAUAAGAUUCGAAGAUGCUAGGAUUCUAGAGGACGUGGAGGGAAUGAGGAAACGUCUCCAUCAGUUGAAGACAAUCAACAGUGACCUGAUGAGGGAGCACGAAAUUCGCAUGAACAGUAGUAAAGAAUUAUCAGCCACUCUGAAGGAACUCAAUGUUGGAGUUCGUUAUGCCGCACGAUUACGAGUUGGCAGAGCAUCGACGAAUGCAGUGGCUCGAUGCAGAACAGCUAUCCAAGAUGAAGACUCCAAAGCACUAAUUCUAGCUUUACAAAAUGGUUAAUAAUUUCCUUAAAAGAUCAUUUUUAAUACUUUUUGACGG